AUGAUUGCUCCAUCCCUCCCUCCCAUCUUCCGGCCUCUAUCACCUUCUUCCCUCUCAGCCCUGUAUUGGCUACCACCACCGAUGGAAUUAGCUUUUCCUAGAGAUGAAGAACAUCAAGACCUUAAUGUUGUGAGGAUUAAAGUGAUUGUCGACAACAAUGCAGAUGAGGAUUUCAUAACCAAUGACCUUCCCCAUGGCUCGUGGUUAUUAAGAGACUACCCUCUGGUGUAUUUGCUGACUCAUUCUAGCUACAACGUCUUACUCAACUUGGUGGUACACUGGUUUAGAGUUGUCAAUGUUAAUUAUUGUUCCGAAGGAGAAAUCGAGAAGGAAAGUUUUAAAUGUGUUCCUGUUGAAGAAGGAAACACAUCAUCAACUAGUGAAAUUGAUCAUAGUUUUAAGGAAGAAAUUAAAUAACUGUUGGAUCCUGAACACGAGUCUGAACAUGUAGAAUCCGAAAAACUUGUUGAUGAUAUAAAGAUUGUCCAUGGUGAUCACUUGUCCAUGUGGAAUGCUUCCAAGAAUGCUUACAGGUAGAUUGCUAUUUCUAAAAAUCUUAGCAAGAAAAAGGCCAGCAAAGGUUUUAUAUUUCAAAAGAAGAUGUUAAGAUUUUGGUGUUGUUGUAACUUUCUAGUAUCAUGUUGUUUUUUUAUAUUUAAUGCAUUAGCAAUUCAUAAAAAAUAAAAGUUUGAUUUUAUUUCAUAGUUUACCGUGCAG